CCUGGUGUUCUCUCUGUGUCAGGCUCGAGGCCCAGCGUCAGUUGGCAGACGGUCUACUGGAGGCAAGACAGACAACCACGGAGAGCUGCUCUCGCGCCCAGGUUGGCAUCGUAACGGCGAUAUACGAAGUAUCAUUUUUUGUAUGGUAGUGGCGCACGCGUAACCCGCCGACACAUGACAGACACAGGCGUGUUUCCUGUGUGGCAGGGCGGUGUGGCCAAUUGGGGUGGUGCCGGUGGCUGGAGCCAGGCAUGGGGCUGGGGCCGGUGCCUGCGGUGGGAGCCGGCGGGCUCCGGGGAGGGGGCCAAGGCCCUUGACGGCCCGAUGUGGUGCGUGCUUUGUCGGGAGUGCCGUGUGCGGCUGCGUGAGGCGUGCGAGAGGGGCCAGGGGGCCUUGCGACUGCGCGCCGAUAUGCUGAGCCUCAAACUGCCCCAGCUCCUGGACACCCAUCAGGUGCCCAAGGUGUUCCGGGAGGACGGCAUCAUCUCUGGCUACCGGGACCCCCAGAGCUCCGCCAAGGACUGCCUGUUGAGCAGCUUCCAGCUCACCAACGAGACCAUCAACAUCUGGACUCACUUCCUGCCCACAUGGUACUUCCUGUGGCGCUUCAGCAUCCUGUGCUCCACGAUGAACUUCCUGUCGGACAGCUACACCUGGCCCCUGCUGGUAUACAUGCUGCUGAUCUGCGUGUACCCAUUCACCUCCAGCUGUGCUCACACCUUCAGCACCAUGUCGCCUGAGUCGCGGCACAUCUGCUACUUCUUCGACUACGGCGCGCUCAGCCUCUACAGCCUGGGUUGUGCCAUCUCGUACGGGUCCUACGUCAUGCCUGACGGCUGGGUCAACAGCUGGCUGCAUCACCACUACGUCCCCAUUGCCGUGGGAAACACCAUCUUCUGCACCAGCCUCUCCUGCUACUCCAGGUUCCUGGAGCUACAGUUUCCUCAGCGCAGCAAAGUUCUCCGGACGGGAGCCUUCGUGUUCCCCUUCCUCUUCGACACCGUCCCGCUGUUCUACAGACUCCUCCUGUGCUGCUGGGGGAGCUGUGGGCCCAGUGAGGCCCUGGUCAACCACAGUUACCACCUCCUCUUCGCCAUCCUCACCUGCUUCUUGUUUGCCUCACACUUCCCGGAGCGGCUGGCCCCAGGACGCUUCGACUACUUCGGCCACAGCCACCAGUUGUUCCACGUGUGUGCGGUGGUGGGCACCCACUUCCAGAUGGAGGGGGUGUUGGCGGACAUGGUGUCGCGGCGGGCGUGGCUUGUGAGCCAGGCCGCGGUGCCCACCUUCCUGGGCACGGUGGGGGCACUGGCUGCCGGCGUGGUCCUGAAUCUGGGCAUCAUUGCAGUGUUCAGCGCCCCCCUCUUCUGGAAGCCCCACCUGAGGGGCCGCUGCAGGGGGGCGGAGACGCAAGGAGGAGACCCUGCCCAUAAUGAGUAGACCCCGCCCAUCUCACAUGGGUCUCUCAAAGCGUCUCUAAAUAUUGUAAUAUAACGGCAGGAUGUUUGUGGUAGGAACGGACUAACAUUGUCUAUUUUAAAUACUCAAGAUAUCUUAUUGUGUUUGUGGAAGUACAAAGACAUGUCAAAUGAAGCUUCCAUUUUUUGUUUGUUUGUUUUAUGUGUAAAGCUGAAGAUCCAGGGCUCAUGACGUGUGUUCACGUGAGAUUCACAGCCGUACCUCCGCCAUCCUUGUCUCCUUGAUUUUUUGCAAGCCUCUGGGUUAAAUGAAGCGUUCUGAUACUAACGUAAGAAACCUCAGAAAAUACUUGUUCUGGAAUUGUCCACCAAGCUUUUCGCAUACACAGUAGGUCUCAGUGGGCCACAUGGCUGACACUCACACUGGGGGAGAAAGUCAUUAAUUAGGGAUUAGCAGGGAUUUAUUUAACUAACCUUUAACGUGUGCCGUUUUGCUGACUCUGGGCCAAGGACAACAUGGUGCGUUGUGCGUAUAACUUUGUUAUAUUUUGCUAUCUACGUUUCAGCAGAAUUCUUUCGUGCUGUCAGUUGAUUAGGUUCUGAUCAACGUUAGCAAUCUGAUUAACAACUACAUAAUAUAAUGCAGAUUCGAUUUCCCUGUCCCCAAUACAGAUAUUUAUACUUGUAUUGAUUCCACUCUGCACAUACUAAAAUUGAUUUCCCUGGCCACAUGUGCUUCGCUCUGAUUGGAAGCCCAAGCUUCUACAUCCUCAAGUAAAAUAAAUGAUAAUAAUAGUAGUUAAGAGUCCCAUGAUGAAAGCAGUAAGUUAUGUUUCCAUGGCAACGUUGUCCUUUUUCUAUGUUCAAAUUUGUCUACUUCUCUCCACUCCGACGAGAGUUCUUGGCGUCGAGAGUUCUAAAAUGUCACCAGGCAUAGAAAAAACUGCUUUAAUGUGUGUCAAAUGUGUAAUACUUUUAUUCAUAUAAUUGAAAUGGAAUUGGGUGAAAUCGGUGGGUCUUUGGGAACGCACUGGUGCAACGUGGGACCGAAAAUGAGAAUUUGUCACAUUGAGGUGGAUCAUUUGCUAACCAACCUUUCGUGUUUUUGGGGUAUCACUGUUUUCGGUGGUCAUUGCAGGUUUUUGACUAAGUAGUACCCUUCACUGUGGUUUUUCAUAUUGUUGUAUUGUUUACAUUUUGUCUAAAGAUCUUGUGCCAUCUCUUAUUGAUAUUUGAGCAUUUGACACUAUUUAUAUGUAUUGCUGAUGUAUCCUGUAUAACAUAGAUAUUUAGAGAACAGUCUCUUUUUAUGACCAAAGUGGGAAAAUAUUUGAAAAGAUGUGUUUCUGCCGGCUGAGGGUCGAAUGUGCUGUGCCUCUUUGAAUGAAACCUUGCAACGAGUAUUAAAGCACUUAGCAGCACAGAGACCCAUGGACGCCUGCAUUUUUCACAUCUAGAGACCCCGCACAGAGCUGAUUGGAGUUUGAUCAUCAUUUAAAGGACCCCCCCCCCCCCCCACACACACUCACACAUUUACCCCGGGUGUGGGCUGAACUAGUCCUUACAAGCCCUUUUGAAUAUGCAUCCACUUAUCCACAUCCAGUUUACCUUUUAGUGGUAAGGUACACAUUUUUUUUAAAGAUAUCUUUAUUAAAAUUAUAAUGUAUUUUCCGCUAGGUGGUAAAAUAUCGACCCCUUAACAUCCCAGUAUAGCACCUAAACAUCAGUUUGUACACUAGCAUACUCACAACACACAGUCUUUGUGGUUUUGUGUAGAAGCUCAGUAUGUGAGGAGGGUCUUCCUGUGAGAGGGAACUUGUAAGUGAUGUGUUGGUCCGAUAAGGAACAGAUUCUGUUGAUGGUUUGAAGUUGGUUUUUAAUGAGGGUUAGAGAGUAUAGUGUAUGAUGUAUCACCUAGACAUAACACACACACAAACCCACACAGGAAUAUUAAAUUGUGUUUAACAUCGUCUUUUAUAUGUAUGACAUGCAGUACCGAGGGAUGAAUGUGAAAUUGCUGUUGAUAAUGUGCCUAGAUAUUUUACAUAAACAUUUCUUAUAACAAUGGUUCAAAAGGAUCCAAAAUCAUAAAGCCCAACCCUAAACUGUAAGACUGUUAUCCUUGUUUCUACAAAAUCAGAAUGUUUUUUUAAUGUUCUGGAGUCUGACAUGAAUAAAAAGUACUCACCCCA